AUGGGGAAGAACCUUUGUGAUCCAGCCAAAGGAGGAAAUGAAGACAGUGAGAUGCGGCUCAAAAAAACCAUUGGAUAUUUUGAAGGGGUUAGCUUUAUAAUGGGUACGAUUGUAGGAGCAGGGAUCUUUGUAUCCCCUACAGGGGUACUGCAGUACUCUUUACUCAACGUUGGUGUUGCCUUGAUCAUCUGGAUGAUCUGUGGUGUGAUAUCUCUGAUGGGUGCUCUCUGUUAUGCAGAGCUAGGCACUGCUUUACCAUUGUCAGGAGGAGAAUACAGCCACAUAAAGAGAGCCCUUGGCUCUCCUCUUGCUUUUAUUUUUAUGUGGACAGCUCUGUUCAAUAAACCGGCAUCGAAUGCCGCUCGGGCCUUGCUGUUCGCUGAGUACGCAAUCCAGCCUUUCUUCGGUGAGUGCCAGGCUCCAGAACUGCUGAAGAAAGGUUUAGCUCUGGCUGUUCUCUGGUUUCUUGGGAUCCUCAACGGCCGAAGUGUCAAGAUGGCUGCUUGGGUGCAGACUAUUUUUACCAUACUGAAAAUGAUGGCUUUGUCUGUAAUUGCAAUUAGCGGGAUUGUCCUACUGAUACGAGGGAGGAAAGAGAAUGUAGCAAGAUUUGAAAAUGCUUUCAGUGGAGAGAUUCCAGAUGCUGGUCAGAUCGCAGAAGCCUUUUUCCAAGGACUGUAUGCAUAUGGUGGCUGGUGGUCUCUCAAUUAUAUGGCAGAGGAGAUGAAAAACCCAAGCAAAAAUAUUCCCAGGACUGUGAUGACUGCACUUCCUUCAGUGACUGCAUUUUACUUGCUGGUAAAUGUUUCAUACCUGACUGUUCUCACACCCAAGGAAAUUGUCUCCUCAGUUGCUGUAGCAGUCACUUGGGCUGACAGAGUGAUCCCUUCGAUUGCAUGGAUUAUUCCUGUAUCUGUGGCCAUUUCAAUAUUUGGUGCCCUUAAUAGCAGCAUGUUUACACUCGGACGAUUAAGCUAUGCUGGAAGUCAGUCUGGACAUCUGCCCAUUAUAAUAUCCAUGCUUAAUGUCCACUAUUGGACUCCAGCGCCAGCCAUGAUUUUCUCAACUGUUAUUGCAUCCAUUUUUAUUAUCCCAUCAGACCUAAUUGCUUUAACCAAUUAUUUUGGAUUCUCUGUCUGGCUCAUGAUUGGAUUUACAUGUGCUAGCCUGAUUGUCCUCCGGUACCGAGAACCUAAUCUACACAGACCAUAUAAGGUUUUUUUACCAGUUGCAUAUGGAAUGGUGGCAGUUUCUCUGUUCUUAGUUUGUGCUCCUAUAGUUUGGUCUCCAAAGGUGCAGUACAUAUAUGCACUCCUUUUUGUGCUUGGGGGUCUUCUCUUAUAUGUGCCUUUUGUACAUUUUAAAAUACAUUUUGAAUUUGUUGACAAAAUUACCUGCCAUCUGCAGUUGUUGCUGGAAGUUUCACAUGCUAAUCACAAAUAUGAGUAA